UCGUCCUUUCUCAACCCCUCAAGAAACGCAGGGUUUAUCUUCUUCCUACUUCUGCGCUAGCUCUCGUCCCCGCUUUCCCUGUAUCGAUCGGUUCCCUCUGUAGGCAUUGGUUGAUUCGACAAUUUCUCCCCUCUGUUUCCUCCUACUGUCGACGCUGGCUUCUUCUUAGCUCUUUUGACCUAAUUCAUUUAUUUCUGUGGCCAUUGAUCAUCGUCUCUUAGGAUGCUUAACUUGAGGUAUUCUCCGACCAUUUUUACUAAAAGGGUUGGGUCUGUUGAAAAUCCUAAGCAGAUAUGUAGCAUUGUGGUUUGUGCUGCAAGAGGCCCUCGACCAAGAUAUCCCAGAGUAUGGAAAACUCAAAAGAGAAUUGGGACAGUCUCGAAGUCGUUGAAACUUAUCGACUGUGUGAAGGGAUUGUCAAAUGUAAAAGAGGAGGUUUAUGGGGCUCUUGAUUCUUUCAUUGCAUGGGACCUGGAAUUUCCUUUAAUUACUGUAAAGAAGGCACUGAAAACUCUUGAAGAUGAGAAAGAAUGGAAAAGGAUAAUCCAGGUGACAAAAUGGAUGUUAAGUAAGGGUCAAGGAAGAACAAUGGGAAGCUAUUACACAUUGCUGAAUGCUUUGGCUGAAGAUGGUAGGCUGGAUGAAGCUGAAGAGCUUUGGAAUAAGUUGUUUACAGAGAAUUUGGAGAGCACACCUCGUAUUUUCUUCGACAAAAUGGUUUCCAUUUAUUAUAAUAAGGAGGGCAUGCAUGACAAGAUGUUUGAGAUAUUUGCUGACAUGGAAGAGCUGGGGAUGCGACCAACAACAUCAAUAGUCACAAUGGUCGGAGAUGUUUUUCAGAAGUUGGGUAUGUUGGACAAGUACAAGAAGUUGAAGAAGAAAUACCCACCUCCUAGAUGGGAGUACAGAUACAUAAAAGGGAAACGCGUUAAAUUACCAGUAAAACAUCUAAAUAAUAAUAUAGGGGAUAAUGGUGGUGUAAGCCACACCAGUUGGAUUAGAAAUGUUGAGGAGGAAUCCUUAGAUGAUGAAUCAACAUGUGAUGUAAAUAAUGCUUCUCAACAUAUGAUAGAUUCUGGCACACAUUCAGAAGAUGCUGAGGUGAGUUCAGAAUGAAACAGUCAAAAUUCUUAAUAAUAUGCUUCUUCACUUCAUGUUUA